UCGUGCUGUUCUUCAGACUGAAAGACAUACAAUAAUCCGUUCGUUUGCAAUAAAAGUUAGAAUUUACUACCACUAGUUUGCUUUGCACAAUAUUCUUUGGAAAAAAUAAUCGCCUAACGAAAUGGAAAUUUAAACUUCCCGCGUUAUAAAAGUAUUCUAUUUACAUUCUACACCACAGGAUCGUGUAGCGCUGAGGUAUAUCAUCGCCGGCUGUAGCGUCCGCUGGUAACCAGUGAACUGACCGUUUGCAGACUUGACAUUUAUUUAAUAUAAUAACAUUAAUAAGAAUCUGCAGCCGUUGAGAAAAUUGGAGAUUAGAAAAAGACUUCUAUGUACAGCUGUUUUUCUAAAAGUUGAGAGCAAAAGAGCGCGUCAAUUUAACACGAACAAAUUCAAAUAGCGCAGAAAAUGUUGGCGCUAUAUGGACUACUUGCUGUCACCUUCGUACUACUGAUCGUCUACUUAGGACGAAGCAAGAAACGGCUACCACCUGGUCCUCGCGGUCUUCCUAUAAUUGGCAACCUACUCUCGAUAAACCCUAAGACACCGCACGAGAGCCUUGCCAAAAUUGCUUGGGAGCAUGGGCCUGUGUGCGGCUUGUACAUGGGAUCGGUCUAUACGGUCCUCCUUUCCGAUCCCAAGCUUGUUCGCCAGCUAUUCGCCAAGGAUACCUUCUCUGGCAGAGCGCCGCUUUAUCUCACCCACGGCAUUAUGAAAGGAUACGAAAAUUUGUCCCAUAUCUGCGCAGAAUCUAGCGAAUUUUAUGCUGGGUGGCAUAAAAGAAUAUCUUGGAGAAUCUGGGCAAAAUCUACUCCCAGUGGCGACGGUACUCGGCCAGAAUCUGGUGGCGAUCAAAAUAAUAGUCUGAUUGCAUCGGAGGGUGAACUCUGGAGGGAUCAACGGAAAUUCGUAUCUGCUUGUCUCAAGAACUUUGGUAUGGUCAAGUUUCCCAGUCCCAAGAGGGAUCAGCUGGAAAAGAAGAUACUCGUGACUGUUGACGAAGCAGUCGAGAAACUCGAAGCACGUUCAAGGGGAGCCGAAGGAUUAGACUCCCACAGUAUUUUGCACCAUUGCAUAGGAAACCUCAUGAAUGGUAUUGUAUUUGGCAAAGUUUACGAUGAAGACGACGAGCUUUGGAAGUGGUUCCAACAUAUUCAAGAAGAAGGGGUUAAACACAUAGGCGUCUCGGGACCAUUAAACUUUUUGCCAUUUCUCAGAUUCUUGCCCCGUUAUGGGAAUACAAUACAGCUCAUUGUGGACGGACAAAAUAAGACGCACCAACACUACCGGAAGAUACUGGAAGACCACAGAAAAUUUCCAACUGAAAUGAACAGCUUUUUAGCGACAUAUGACGAGGAAAUGAAACGACGCAUGGCAAAUGGAGAGCCUCUUGCUUCUUUUACCGAGACCCAAUGCUUUUACCUUUUGGCCGAUCUUUACGGCGCUGGAGUUGAUACCACUUUGACGACACUUCGCUGGUUCCUGCUUUUCAUGGCUGCUUUCCCUGACGAGCAGGCCAAAAUCCAAGAAGAGAUUUCUAAUGUAGUUGGAGAAAAGGAGCCGAAUUUGGAAGAUAGACCAUCCAUGCCUCGACUGGAAGCAGCUAUCAUGGAAGUUCAGCGCCUUAGGAGUGUCGUACCUAUUGGGAUUCCCCAUGGCACAACUGAGGAUACACACAUCGGAGAUUAUGACGUUCCCAAGGGCAGCAUGAUUGUACCUUUCCAGUGGGCAAUCCAUUUGAACCCUCUGUACUGGUCGGAUCCACGUGCCUUCAAACCUCAAAGAUUCAUAGCGGAAGACGGUGGUCUUGCCAAGCCAGCUGCCUUUCUACCCUUCCAGAAUGGUAAGAGGAUGUGUGUGGGCGAUGAACUCGCUCGAAUGAUACUGAUUCUUUUUGCUGCACGCAUUCUGCAUCGAUUGAAGCUAUCAGCGCCACCCGGUCAGACCGUCGACUUAGAAGGAGACUGCGGUAUCACUUUAGUGCCAAAACCGCAGACUCUGUUAUUUAAGUCUCGUCGUUGAUACCUUAUCACUUAUGAAAUUUAACGCCAGAGUUGGUGUGAUCGACGUGGUUUUAAAUUAUCUUUCGUAAAUUUUUAUGCUGUACGCCGUAUGCAGUUUAUUGAUCUUUUCACGUUACUGAAUGCAAUACAAGCAGUAUUAUUUUAUAGAACAAAGACUGCGCAACAUGAAAAGUUCUAUUUUAACAGCGUAAAGGGGUACAGGAAUACAUACAAAAUAAUUUUACAAAAAGUUUUUAUCGUAGAUCUUAUACUUGUAAUCGUAAGUGAGGGCCUUAAUCAAAUAAUGUCUAUAAUUAUAGCUACAUAAGUGCAAUUAAAUAUUUUAUAAAAUUUGUUUAAAUGUAAUAAAAAGUUUCAAAGCUUU